UGUGGAUUUACUGUUCUUGUGUUUCAGCUAAAGUGCUUUAAUCAUGUUUGGGCGUGCUCCAAAGAAAAGUGAUAACACUAAGUUCUAUGAAAUCCUUGGAGUGUCAAGGAGUGCAAGUCAAGAUGAGCUAAAGAAGGCAUAUAGAAAAGCGGCAAUAAAGAAUCAUCCUGACAAAGGUGGAGACCCUGAGAAGUUCAAGGAGCUGUCCCAUGCAUAUGAUGUUCUUAGCGAUCCAGAGAAGAGAGAAAUUUAUGAUCAAUAUGGUGAAGAUGCUCUUAAGGAGGGAAUGGGAGGUGGUGGUCCCUCUCAUAAUCCUUUUGAUAUAUUUGAAUCAUUUUUUGGUGGAGGGGCCUUUGGAGGUGGUGGCAGCUCGAGAGGAAGAAGGCAGAAGCAAGGUGAUGACGUGGUGCACUCCUUGAAAGUUUCCUUGGAAGAUCUGUACAACGGAACAACUAAGAAACUCUCUCUUUCUAGGAAUAUUCUGUGUCCCAAAUGUAAAGGGUAGGAACAGCUAAUAUCUUUCUAGG